UUCCGUAAUUUCUUGGUCGACGAAAGGCCAUUUUCUUUGGUUAUUGAAGGCUACAGAUCACGGAUUCGGCCUAGGCUAUUCUCCAACGAUGAUUGAGUCCAUUAAGCACCGAUUUGGGUGGAUUUAUUCCGGGUCAAUUUUUGGCAGGUUCCAAAGGGGUACCAUCACAGAUUUCGGGCGAUUUAUCCGAAAUGCCAUUUUCUUUCGAUUCUGGUGGCUACAGAUCACGGAAUCAGGCCGAGGCUAUUCUCUACCGAUAACGAAGUCUAUUGAUCCUAUUCUCCACGGAUGAUAAUUCCGUUAAGCAUCGAUUUUGGCCAAUUUAUUUUCGGAUGGCAUUUUUCGUAAUUUCUUGGGCGACGAAAGGCCAUUUUCUUUGGAUAUUGAAGGCUACAGAUCACGGAUUCGGCCUGAGGCUAUUCUCCAGCGAUGAUUGAGUCCAUUAUGCACCGAUUUGGGCGGAUUUAUUCCGGGUCAAUUUUUGGCAGAUUCCAAAGGGGUACCAUCACAGAUUUCGGGUGAUUUAUCCGAAAUGCCAUUUUCUUUAGAUUCUGGAGGCUACAGAUCACGGAAUCAGGCCGAGGCUAUUCUCCACCGAUAAUGAAGUCUAUUGAUCCUAUUCUCCACGGAUGAUAAGUCCGUUAAGCAUAGAUUUGGGCCAAUUUAUUUUAGGAUGGCAUUUCCGUAAUUUCUUGGGCGACGAAAGGCCAUUUUCUUUGGAUAUUGAAGACUACAGAUCAUGGAUUCGGCCUAGGCUAUUCUCCAACGAUGAUUGAGUCCAUUAAGCACCGAUUUGGGCGGAUUUAUUCCGGGUCAAUUUUUGGCAGAUUCCAAAGGGGUACCAUCAUAGAUUUCAGGCGAUUUAUCCGAAAUGCCAUUUUCUUUCAAUUUUGGAGGCUGCAGAUCACGGAAUCAGGCCGAGGCUAUUCUCCACCGAUAAUGAAGUCUAUUGAUCCUAUUCUCCACGGAUGAUAAGUCCGUUAAGGAAUGAUUUGAGCCAAUUUAUUUUCGGAUGGCAUUUUCGUAAUUUCUUGGGCGACGAAAGGCCAUUUGCUUUGGAUAUUGAAGGCUACAGAUCUCGGAUUCGGCCUAGGCUAUUCUCUAACGAUGAUUGAGUCCAUUAAGCACCGAUUUGGGCGGAUUUAUUCCGGGUCAAUUUUUGGCAGAUUCCAAAGGGGUACGAUCACAUAUUUCGGGCGAUUUAUCCGAAAUGCCAUUUGGUUUCGAUUCUGGAGGCUACAGAUCACGGAAUCAGGCCGAGGCUAUUCUCCACCGAUAAUGAAGUCUAUUGCUCCUAUUCUCCACGGAUGAUAAUUCCGUUAAGCAUCGAUUUGGGCCAAUUUAUUUUCGGAUGGCAUUUUCGUAAUUUCUUGGGCGACGAAAGGCCGUUUUCUUUGGAUAUUGAAGGCUACAGAUCACGGAUUCGGCCUGAGGCUAUUCUCCAGCGAUGAUUGAGUCCAUUAAGCACCGAUUUGGGCGGAUUUAUUCUGGGUCAAUUUUUGGCAGAUUCCAAAUGGGUACCAUCACAAAUUUCGGGCGAUUUAUGCGAAAUGCCAUUUUCUUUAGAUUCUGGAGGCUACAGAUCACGGAAUCAGGCCGAGGCUAUUCUCCACCGAUAACGAAGUCUAUUGAUCCUAUUCUCCACGGAUGAUAAGUCCGUUAAGCAUCGAUUUGGGCCAAUUUAUUUUAGGAUGGCAUUUCCGUAAUUUCUUGGGCGACGAAAGGCCAUUUUCUUUAGAUAUUGAAGGCUACAGAUCACGGAUUCGGCCUAGGCUAUUCUCCAACGAUGAUGGAGUCCAUUAAGCACCGAUUUGGGCGGAUUUAUUCCGGGUCAAGUUUUGGCAGAUUCCAAAGGGGUACCAUCACAGAUUUCAGGCGAUUUAUCCGGAAUGCCAUUUUCUCUCAAUUUUGGAGGCUGCAGAUCACCGAAUCAGGCCGAGGCUAUUCUCCACCGAUAACGAAGUCUAUUGAUCCUAUUCUCCACGGAUGAUAAGUCCGUUAAGCAUCGAUUUUGGCCAAUUUAUUUUAGGAUGGCAUUUCCGUAAUUUCUUGGGCGACGAAAGGCCAUUUUCUUUGGAUAUUGAAGGCUACAGAUCACGGAUUCGGCCUAGGCUAUUCUCCAACAAUGAUUGAGUCCAUUAAGCACUGAUUUGGGCGGAUUUAUUCCGGGUCAAUUUUUGGCAGAUUCCAAAGGGGUACCAUCACAGAUUUCAGGCGAUUUAUCCGAAAUGCCAUUUUCUUUCAAUUUUGGAGGCUGCAGAUCACGGAAUCAGGCCGAGGCUAUUCUCCACCGAUAAUGAAGUUUAUUGAUCCUAUUCUCCAAGGAUGAUAAGUCCGUUAAGCAAUGAUUUGAGCCAAUUUAUUUUUGGAUGGCAUUUUCGUAAUUUCUUGGGCGACGAAAGGCCAUUUGCUUUGGAUAUUGAAGGCUACAGAUCACGGAUUAGGCCUAGGCUAUUCUCCAACGAUGAUUGAGUCCAUUAAGCACCGAUUUGGGCGGAUUUAUUCCGGGUCAAUUUUUGGCAGAUUCCAAAGGGGUACGAUCACAUAUUUCGGGCGAUUUAUCCGAAAUGCCAUUUGGUUUCGAUUCUUGAGGCUACAGAUCACGGAAUCAGGCCGAGGCUAUUCUCCACCGAUAAUGAAGUCUAUUGAUCCUAUUCUCCACGGAUGAUAAGUCCGUUAAGCAUCGAUUUGGGCCAAUUUAUUUUCGGAUGGCAUUUUCGUAAUUUCUUGGGCGACGAAAGGCCGUUUUCUUUGGAUAUUGAAGGCUACAGAUCACGGAUUUGGCCUGAGGCUAUUCUCCAGCGAUGAUUGAGUCCAUUAAGCACCGAUUUGGGUGGAUUUAUUCCGGGUCAAUUUUUGGCAGAUUCCAAAGGGGUACAAUCACAGAUUUCGGGCGAUUUAUCCAAAAUGCCAUUUUCUUUCGAUUCUGGAGGCUACAGAUCUCGGAAUCAGGCCGAGGCUAUUCUCCACCGAUAACGAAGUCUAUUGAUCCUAUUCUCCACGGAUGAUAAGUCCGUUAAGCAUCGAUUUGGGCCUAUUUAUUUUCGGAUGGCAUUUUCGUAAUUUCUUGGGCGACGAAAGGCCAUUUUCUUUGGAUAUUGAAGGCUACAGAUCACGGAUUCGGCCUAAGGCUUUUCUCCAACGAUGAUUGAGUCCAUUAAGCACCGAUUUGGGCGGAUUUAUUCCGGGUCAAUUUUUGGCAGAUUCCAAAGGGGUACCAUCACAGAUUUCGGGCGAUUUAUCCGAAAUGCCAUUUUCUUUAGAUUGUGGAGGCUACAGAUCACGGAAUCAGGCCGAGGCUAUUCUCCACCGAUAAUGAUGUCUAUUGAUCCUAUUCUCCACGGAUGAUAAGUCCGUUAAGCAUAGAUUUGGACCAAUUUAUUUUAGGAUGGCAUUUUCGUAAUUUCUUGGGCGACGAAAGGCCAUUUUCUUUGUAUAUUGAAGGCUACAGAUCACGGAUUCGGCCUGAGGCUAUUCUCCAACGAUGAUUGAGUCCAUUAAGCACCGAUUUGGGCGGAUUUAUUCCGGGUCAAUUUUUGGCAGAUUCCAAAGGGGUACCAUCACAGAUUUCCGGCGAUUUAUCCGAAAUGCCAUUUUCUUUCGAUUCUGGAGGCUACAGAUCACGGAAUCAGGCCGAGGCUAUUCUCCACCGAUAAUGAAGUCUAUAUAUCCUA